GAAUAGACGUGGAAAUCCCACGUUUUCAUCACGGCAACAGAAUCAUCGAGACCCUCAGAGAUCGGUCUCUCCCGAGAUUUUGAAUUUCUCAGAUCUAUCCGACGUCGUUGCAGAUCCAUCAACGCUCAUGGCUGGUUUCAGCGGUGAUGAAACGGCACCGUUUUUCGGCUUCCUCGGAGCCGCGGCUGCCCUCGUCUUCUCCUGUAUGGGAGCUGCCUAUGGCACAGCAAAGAGUGGUGUGGGCGUGGCUUCCAUGGGUGUGAUGAGACCUGAGCUAGUGAUGAAGUCCAUUGUUCCUGUUGUUAUGGCUGGUGUUUUGGGUAUUUAUGGCCUUAUUAUCGCUGUUAUUAUUAGUACCGGCAUUAAUCCCAAGGCCAAAUCUUAUUACCUCUUUGAUGGUUACGCACAUCUCUCCUCUGGUCUUGCCUGUGGCUUGGCUGGGCUAUCUGCUGGCAUGGCUAUUGGUAUUGUUGGUGAUGCUGGUGUUAGAGCCAAUGCACAGCAGCCAAAACUUUUUGUUGGAAUGAUUCUCAUCCUCAUUUUUGCUGAAGCUCUUGCCCUUUAUGGUCUCAUUGUGGGUAUUAUCCUGUCUUCUCGUGCUGGCCAGUCUAGAGCCGAUUAAGAAAGGAGUUGUGCUGCUAAAUAUUCUUUGACCACCCAUCUGUUUUAACCUCCUUUUAAAGGGGGUGAGGGAGGUAAUUAUUAGUUGUUUCGAGAUUAGCUAUGUUCAGGCAGCAUUUUCAGGCAUUAGCAGUUGUGUGAAAGUUCAAUUCGCCAUUCGUGGUGUUUGUUUGUAUAAUUAGGUCUAUCUUUACUUAAUAAAGCUUCCUUAAGCUUCCUUUAUUUUUUUCUUUAUUGAUUGUAUUAUGCCAUAUCAUCUGACCUUAUAUAUGAUUUUUGAGCUGUUGGAACUGGUGCAUGUAAUGAUUUGGCUAGCAAUGCAAACGUAUUUCAUGGGUCUUUCCAUUUUGGAA